AUGAAGUCGAUCCUGAUAACAGGCUGCAAUCGAGGCAUCGGUCUGGGGCUAGUUAAGCACCUGCUAAGGUUGCCACAGCCGCCGGAGAGCAUUUUCGCGACUUGCCGCGACGUUGCCAAAGCCGCGGAGCUGAAGGAAAUUGCUGACAAGUCGGGAAAUGUUCACAUUAUUGAAUUGGAUGUAACUGAUACGAAGAGUUACGACAGAGUGAUCCAGAUCAUAAGCGAGAAGGUUGGAGAAAAUGGUCUUAAUGUCCUUAUCAACAAUGCCGGCAUUGCGAACAAAUUUGCACGAUUGAAUCUAGUCAAGGAGGAACAACUUCUGGAUACAUUCAAGGUCAACACGGUCGCUCCAAUAAUGUUGAGUAAGGCUUGUCUACCACUACUGAAGCAGGCUUCUAGCAUAUACCCUGAUAAGGGUGCGAUGAACAUUUCGCGAGCUGCGAUUAUCCAUAUGAGUUCUUCGCUUGGCAGUAUUACGGACAAUACCAGCGGCGGAUUUUAUCCUUAUCGCUGUAGCAAGUCUGCACUGAAUGCGGCGGCGAAGUCCAUGAGCAUUGACUUGAAAGAUGACGGCAUUUUGGUGGCGUGUAUGCAUCCUGGCUGGGUUCGAACCGACAUGGGUGGAAUCAAUGCUACUCUGGACGUCGAUAUCAGCGUCAGCGGCAUGCUCUCCGUUUUACAAGGUCUUACCGAGAAUGAUAACGGCACAUACGUGCAACACGAUGGUAAAGUGUUGCCUUGGUAAAUUACUAGAAAUUGUAAUUACGGCUGCAGACGCGAUUAGACCGUCGAUGAGCAAAAAAUGAUACAUCAAGGCGAUGUGAAAAUGGCGUUAAAGAGUUCUCGUUCAUGAAACUUUUCUUCAAACUGGGUAUACAGAAGAGAUUAAAACUUUGAUUCUGGGGUUACUUUCUGUGAAACCGACCAUUGGCGUUAUAUCUCCUUAUACCAAUUCAUAGUUAUAGCAUAGGAAAAUCAUGAAUAAAUCGGUAACGCGAAAUUUUGUAGGUUAAUAUUUUUAUACACGAUGUUUCAUACUGAUUUUCACGUUUAUUCUCAUAGGAAAUUGUUUCUUUUUUACAUAUCUUACUAACAGAACAUGUCAGGGAAUGCUGAUGUUAUACAUACGCGUUAUUUAGCUAAAACCGUAUCGGAAAUAUGUACAAAUGUAUCACAAGAAAUAAACAAUUUAGUAUGAGAGCUGGA